UUUAAAUAGCGUCUUCCUCUUCGAUUUGUUUACUCAGUAACUUUUACAGUUACAGACACACCUUUCUCGUCAAUAUUGUUUGAACUUAAGAAGGAUUUAAAAAAAGGUAAGGCAAACACCAACUAAUGCAUAUUUACGUAGGCGUUAAGCCUGUUUACUUGCCAAUGUUUCGCGCGAAGGGAAUUUUUCUUUUGUCUUUAUCCAAUUAGUUGCAGAUGGUUCCAGUUGAGACCAAAGACAAAUGAAAACCGGACACGAUUUGGCAACGCGACGCGAAUUUUCAAUUUUCAAUGACAUUUAAAUUCAGUAUUUUUCUAUGUUUUUCAAAUAUUCGUACCCACUUAAGCAAUAUGAAUUUUAGCUAUUUGCUCUUCAUGCAUAUCUUGUAAAAUUUUUAUCCGACACUUUUAUUUGUUUUUAAAAACUGAAAAUUCGCGACGCGUUGUCGAAUCGCGUUCAGUCUGUAUGGGCCUUGAUUCCACGACGGCGAAAUUCUUCGUGCGAAAUCGUGUCUGCGAAAUAUGGAUGGCUGCACAUGAGUGAUUCUAUUGAAUUUGCGCACUUUUUUCGCUUUCGCAAUGAGUAGAACUGAUUUCUACUCGCGAAGCGAAUUUUUUUCUCGCGAAGCCUAAUUUAUCUUUACUGCGUAUAUAUGCACCUAAAUCAUUUCACGCAAAAUUUUUCGCAUUUCCCCGAAGCUACGUUUCGGGAAGCCAUGCGGCAUAUGAUAUAUCGUUUACAGUUUGAAAAAUUCUGAACUCUAAACAUUUGGUUUGGAAUUUUACGCCUUAUUUUGUUCACAAACGGCAGUUAGAUCAAUUUAGUUGAGAUGUAUUAUUAUACAUAUUAUAAGCUGUAUUUUUGUGGAAGGAUGUCAAACGAGUUCAUAUUAAUCAAAUGGAGCCAUGCAACAAAAAUUAAGAGUAUAAUUUCUCGUUUGCCCCAUGCAUCUCCCCUAUAGUUAAAGAUCCUUGAUUUGAAUAAAGAUAGCAUCAUUAUUUUCAAGCUAAUGAAGAGCUAGAGUAUACUCUGCCCUCACAGUAUGGACACAUGAUGAAUUAUACAGUAUAUGUUUGAGCGGGGGCACAAUAUAAGAAAUGCAGGCUUUAAAAUAUCUUUUCCAGGGCCGUCUGACAAAAUGUCCGAUGACGUUGAGUUUGGGUCGGACAUAUGUCCGAUGACCUUCAGUUCAGUUUUGACUUGGAAAUAAGUCUGAAUGACACAAAUGACUAAUAUCCGCAGCACAAUGUAUUAAUUCUGAACGGUAAGUGUUGUGAAGAUAUUAAAUAAUUUGUGUCAUUCAUACUUAUUUCCAAGCCAAAAUUAACUUGCUUGCAAGAACAGCAGUAAGAAUUCGACAACGUUUUCCACUUUACCAUAUCGCAUUUCCAUUUCGGACAGAAUGUCCGGUGGCUUCCUCUCUACGUCGGACAAUGUCCGUGACCAACCGAUAUUUUAAAGCCUGGGAAAUGAGUAAAUUUUGAUACACUGAAUCUGGAAAGAAAGAUGAUAUUUUAGCAAGUAUAUUGAUUUGUCCUCGAAUUUGUCUUCGGAUUUGCCCUCGGUUUCGCCCUCGGUGUAAUAUUGUGUUUGUUUAGACACACGCCAUGUUGAGUCUAGCUCCCUUUAUCUAAUUGUCACCUGCAUAUAUAUCUAUGUCCAUUACGUCAUAACUACUUAAUGUCAAUCAUCUACUUAUAAAUGUCACAUCUCCCUUUUCCCAAAGGAGAUUGUUUAACUAGUGUUUCUAUUAAUGUCUUUUUUUAAAAUGUCAAUCAUAAACAGUUUUCUAAUGUUCUUAGUGUGCUAUAUAAUGUCAACUAUUAGAUUUAUUCUCUAAAAAGUUUCAAUGUUGCUAUUUUAGUAUUUUCCUAUUUUCCAUUUAAUUGGCUUGAAAUCUUUCUGGUUUACGACUAGCACGACCGCUUCGAGUUGUGUACAAUUGUGGUGUUUGUGGUGAUUGUCCAGGUUCUAACCCAUUUUGCUGCCUACCCACGGCAAUUGGUAUUUGGUGUGGAGGUUGGUACUCGGUGAUGUUAUCAUCAUCUAGAUCACAGUUCUCCAAUCUGUUCAUGCCAGUAGAUUCAUAUAGAUGUUUCCGGUUUCUUCGCAGUACGAAGCCAUUAGAUGUACGGAUCAUGUACGAUCUGGGCUCUUUUCUCUUUUCAAUCACUACUGCUGCUUUUAGUCCAGUGUUGGUCUCAUACCGAACAUUAUCACCUGGUUGAAGGACUGAAAGCUCUUUAGUGUGAUGGUCAAAGUACUGUUUUUGUUUUUCUUUGUUCUUAUGGAGGGUUUCUUUGACUAUUUUGGGUUCAAUUAUCUUUGGUUCUAAUAGUGUGGUCGAAGUGGGUAAGGUGGUUUUUGUUCUUCUACCAAAUAAUCUCUGGGUUGGGGAUCCCAAUUUUUCAUUAACUGGGGUGUUGCGAUAUGCUAACAGGGCAAGAUAGGGGUCAGUGCCUGCUUGCUUUGCUUUCUUUAAGAGGUUCUUGGCUGUUUGUACAUAUCUUUCGGCUAACCCAUUGGAUUGUGGAAAAUGGGGACUUGAUGUAGUAUGUUGAAAUCCAUACUCUUGUGCAAAUGUGGCGAAUUCAUGGCUGGCAAACUGUGGGCCGUUAUCUGAUAUUAAUGUAUCCGGUAUACCAUGACGGGCAAAUUGGGACUUGCAAUGGGUUAUCACAGAGGAACUUUUAGUUCCAGUCAGUUGAGCAAUUUCAAAAAACCCAGAAUAGGAAUCAACAAGAAUCAGAUAUGAAGAUCCAUCCAGCUCAAAUAGAUCUGUUGCAACUAUUUCCCAAGGUCUUGAAGGACUGUCUAGGGGAUGAAGGGGUUCUCUCAUGUUUCUUACCUGGUGGUCUUGGCAAACUUGGCAUUUCUUGACAAGGUCUUCUAUCUCUGCAUUCAUACCAGGCCAAAAUAAUAUGUCCCGCGCUCUCCGUUUGCAUUUUUCAAUGCCAAGAUGAGCAUUGUGUAUUUUCUUGAGCAUUUCUGACCGUAGCACACGUGGAACAAUGACUUUAUUUCCUUUGAACAAUAGUCCUGCUUGUUCGAUUAUUUGGUCUCGAUAGUUCCAGUAUGGUUUUGCACCUUCUGGGACUUUGGAUUUGUCUGUUGGCCAGCCUUCUUUGAUACAGCUAUUCAGUUCUUUCAAAUCUUGAUCAACCUCCGUUGCUGACUGAAGUUGUUGAACUUUCUCUUUUGACAUUGGUAGCAAGUCUAUAACAUUCACUUCGAAAUCCCUUGUCAGCUCAUUAAUGCUGCUGUUGCUUUGCUGGCAGGCCCUAGAUAGGGUGUCUGCAAUGAGCAGCUCUUUCCCUGGUUUAUACUGGACAUUUAUGGAAUAUUUUUGUGUUCUCAAAAUCAUUCUUUGGAGCCUUAGUGGCGCAUGAUAAAGGGGCUUCUUAAAAAUAAACUCUAAAGGUUUAUGGUCUGUGUGUACCGUAACUGAUUUCUUUCCAAAAAUAUAGUCAUGAAAUCGUUCGCAACCGAAUGUGAUAGCUAACAUCUCUUUUUCUAUCUGCGCAUAGUUUCGUUGUGUUUGUGUUAAUGACCGUGAUGCAUAUGCGACUGGGCGCUCGUCCUGUAAAAGGACAGCUCCUAACCCAUCAGGGCUAGCAUCAACUUGAAUAGUUACAUGUUUGUUUACAUCAUAAUAUUUCAAAACAGGUGCAUUUGUUAUUGUUUGCUUUAAUCUUUCGAAACUGUUUUGUUGCUGCACAUCCCAGUGCCAUAACGUGUUCUUUUCAAGUAGCAUUCGCAGGGGAGCAGCUAAUUGUGAGAAAUUUGGGAUAAAUUUAGCAAGGUACGUUGCCAUCCCAAGAAAUCUCUGGACUGCUGCCUUAUCUGUCGGUGUAUCCAUUGUUUUGAUAGCUUCAACUUUGUUCACAUCCGGUUUUAAUCCAUUUGAACUCAACGUAUGUCCAAUAUAAGUUACUUGUUGUAGUCCAAUUUCACAUUUAUCCUUGUUAAGUUUCACUCCAGCUUCGCGAGCUCUUUCUAAUGCUUGUUUCAAACGUUCAUCGUGUUGUUCUCGAGUUUCACCCCAGAUUAAUAAAUCAUCGACAAUAACUUCGAUUCCUUCAUUGCCAUCAAAAAUUUGAGACAUAAUACGCUGAAACACUUCCGGUGCAGACGAAAUUCCGAAUGGCAGGCGAUGAAAACGGUAUCGACCAAACGGUGUAUUAAAUGUACAUUUCGUUGCACUUUCGUCAUCAAGUUGUACUUGCCAGUAGCCUUGGGUAGCAUCAAGCUUCGAGAAGAAUUUGGCAUUCGGCAUUCGCGAGAUAACUUCUUCUAUAGUUUUCAUAGGAUACUGUUCACGUUUAAUUGCGCGAUUUAAGUCUUUCGGGUCAAUACACAAUCGUAUUUUUCCAUUGGGUUUUACGACAGUUACUAAACUAUUUACCCAUUCCGUUGGCUGUUGAACUCGCUCUAUUACUCCGAGACUUUCCAUACGAUCCAGUUCGUCCUUAACUUUUUGUCGCAAGGGUGCUGAAACUCGACGCGGUGGGUGAAUUACCGGUUUUACAGUAGGGUCAGUUUCAAUGUGGUGUACUACGCCUUUAACACAACCUAACCCAGUAAACACAUCACUGUACUGUUCGAAAAUAUCCUCAGGUGCGGUGGACGUCGACUCGACGCAUUCUUUUUUGUCGAUAGUUAGCACUCGUUUUACAAGAUUUAACUGAAGGCAAGUUGUAAGUCCAAGUAUAUUUGGAACUUCAUGAUUUACGACUUGAAACUCAAUUGGCCAAUAUUUGUCACGAUAUGUACAUAACGUUGUAAAUUUUCCAAUUGUUUUUAACUUUUGCCCUCCAAACGCUCCGAGCUUUGUUCGCGAUUUUUCUAAGGGGGUUUUACUAAGUUCCUCAUACGUCUUUUUUGAAAUCACAUUGCAUUCGGCUCCAGUAUCGAUUUUGAACAUAACAUUUGUAUUGUUUACUUUUAGGGAUGUCGUCCAUUCUUUGUUUUCGUCUUGGGCGUGUAUGGCGCCAAUGAAAAAACUAUCAUUGCUUUCGCUGUCGCUAUUUCGUGUGCUCGCUUCGGCUUCGUGACUAUGAACGUUCUUUUCAUUUGUUCUAGUCCUGCACAUUCUUGAGUAGUGGUUAGGUUUUUUGCACUUAUGACAAGUAGCUCCUAUAGCUGGACAUUUCUGUUGUUCAUCGUGUUUACCGCCACACCUUGUACAUGUUGUCGCUGACGUUUUAGAUGUACGGUUGAACGGACUUCGCCUUCGAUCUUGAGAUCUCCUGUUACUGUUCAUAUCGCGUUCACUUUGGUGAUCUUUCUUUAGGGCAUUUACUUCUGUUGUCAAGCCAUCCGUCGCGUUUGUAAGAGAUUUGGCUUGUUCUAAACUGAUUUCGUUGGCGCGGCAAAUGUCAAUGGCUUUUUGAAGCGUUAAAUCGCUUUCCCGCAAUAGUCUUGCACGUAAUUUAUCGUCAAUUAUUCCACAGACUAUUCGAUCCCGAAUUAACCCGUCGCAAAGGGUACCAAAUUCACAAGACUUAGCUUUCGUGCGCAAAUCUGUCACGUAUUGAUCAAUUGUCUCACCUGCUCUCUGAUUUCGCGUGUUAAAAACGUGCCGUUCGUAAGUUAUAUUCUUUCUUGGAUUACAAUACGCGGCAAACUUUUCCAUUAUUUUAUCUACUUUCAUGGCAUCGCCUUCGCUCGCCCAUGUGAAAGUGUUAUAGACUUCCAACGCAUUUUCUCCUAUCACAUGCAGCAAUGUAGACGCUUGAACUUUUGCAGAUUUUUCGCCGAUUCCACUCGCUACUAAAAACAAAUUGAAUUGUUGUUCCCAUUUUCGCCAGUUUUCAGCUAAGUUGCCUUCUAAAUGUAAGAUAUUUGGGGGUUUCAUGUAUUCCAUCCUGACACCAUGUAAUAUUGUGUUUGUUUAGACACACGCCAUGUUGAGUCUAGCUCCCUUUAUCUAAUUGUCACCUGCAUAUAUAUCUAUGUCCAUUACGUCAUAACUACUUAAUGUCAAUCAUCUACUUAUAAAUGUCACACUCGGUUUUGCCCUUUUCUUUGCCGUCAUGUUCUAGUGCAAGUGCAGCGUCAAGUACAAGUAAUUGUGUUGAAAAUGUUGCAACUAUACUGCAACGUUUCAUAACUGUAAAAUUAACUUUAUUAUGAACUCAAGAAAUUAGUUUGAAAUUAACUAAUUAAGGUUUUAUACGUUGAGUUGCCAAUACGACUGUAUAUAACAGAUUGUAGGCUAUAUGCGUGUGCAUGGCAUGCGUAUGUUAGAAAUGGUAAAAACGUGUUCAAGAUGAAAUGUGUAUUUUUAUCGUUGUCAAGCUAGUAAAGUCUCCUAAUCUGUACCAUUUGAUACAGAAUAUUAUUAGUAUUCUGUAUCGUUUCAUACAGAUUUGUAUCAUUUGAUACAGAAUACUAAUAGCUCUAUAAGUAUUCUGUAUCAAAUGAUACAGAAUAUUGAUUAUAGCGGGAUUAAGCGUUUCCAGUUAAUUACUUUACCCCACAAUUUCCCAGCUGAGAAAUCAAAGCCCCCAGCUUUCAAACAGUGGAACUAGUAUCGGAUAUACAAAGGUAAUCACGUGUCAUAAACCACGAAUUUUGAAUGGCCUUUUUGCUUAUGAAUGUUUAAUGAAUUUCGCAAAUAUAUAUAUAUAUAUAUAUAUAUAUAUAUAUAUACCGAGUGUAUACCAAACCGGGCAAGCAGAAAUUUCUACUUGACCGCGGCUGGGAUUCGAACCCGCGACCUUCGUAUUUCUACAACGAUGCUCUACCGUCUGAGCAACAAGGUCAAGCUGAGAACGACUUGUUAAUAAACACACAUAUAUAUAUAUAUAUAUAUAUAUAUAUAUAUAUAUAUAUAUAUAUAUAUAUAUAUAUAUAUAUAUAUAUAUAUAUAUAUAUAUAUUAAGAUGAAAAUAUUAAGAUGAAAAUGUUCUAGAGUGUGUAUUAUAUAAUUUCCAUACCUUUACCUGUGCCUGUGGUUGAAAAUGUCCAGAAAUAUGGUAUAUCUUAGAAAACAUAGACGGGGGGGGGGUCUUCAGAGAUUUCAGCUGAUUCGUGCCAAACUUCGCUACACAUAAAUAAUAUCGAUUGAGAAGUCUUUUGGCUGUUUAUUGGUUUAAUAUCUCGCCACUCCUUGACGAGCUGUCAAAUACUCUCAUUUUUUGGGUAGUCACGUGACCAGCCCAGACCAGGGCUUUCUCGUCUCUCCCUUCGUCCUCAUACAAAAGCCCUGGGAACGAGGUUGCAAAUUACCAAGACACGAAAUUAACGAAUGUUGAGCUUAGAUAAACAAUUUUUAGAUAGACUCCCUAGUCCGUCUGUUCCUCCAAGCCAUACAAUAUACAUUGAUCCUUUCAAAUUAUCGUCAAACUUGUAAUGUUUACUGUUAUAUACUUCAGAAAUGAAGUAUGCCGGAGUAUGACCUUCUAUUACAGGGAAAAUACAAAAAGUGUCCCACUUCCGCUUCUGUAGUUUGUUGUGAUUUACUGUAAUUUGUUCUGUUUUUCUGUAGCGAUUACCGAUUUAUCAGCAAAUACCGCGAUAAAACUUUGUUUUUUUUUAUUUUUAAAUAUGAUAAUGUGUAGGUAGCAAAGGGAAAUAAUACAUUUUUCGUUAGAUUCAUUGCAUAAAACUUACGAAAUUUAAAUUUUAUCGCAGUAUUUGCCGAUAAAUCGGUAAUCGCUACAGAAAAACAGAACAAAUUACAGUAAAUCACAACAAACUAGUGGGAAGUGGGACACUUUUUGUAUUUUCACUGUAACUGUGGUAUGACUAUACCAUGAUUCCAAUGUUUUAUAGUUGUUCAACUUGUUCUAUAUUAGCCUGCGUGCAGGCCCAAGGGAACUGAUAGUGGGCCUGCAACCAUCACCCCAUGUUUUCGAUUUUCGCCGGCCGAACCGCCUGCUAAAUUCCCAUUGGCUAGCUGAGGCGAUCGGUAAUUAAUUAACCUAGCGUGCAGGCCCAAGGGAACAGUGAUUCAUCACAAAGGCAUAGACAAAGGCUCUCGAUAAGCUUAAAAUUUGAAACUUGAUCACUUUUUUCGAUUACAAAUGGAACAAGAACAGACUGUUUAUUGUUUACUUGAAGGAAGACAUGUUUUUGCCGUUAUGCCAAUGGGGAUUGCCUGUCGUGAGGUGUUGGAAUAGCAAAUUACGACUGGGGUAAACUAUAGUAACCUUUACUUGAGUUUCAUUAAUUUCAAACAGACUUCAGUUGAUACGUUAUGUGUUCUCACUUCCUCAAGAAAAUUAUUUUUCGGUUGAUGUUGAGAUGCAGUUGCAUGUAAGGACUGUAAGCCUAUUCGAAACACUUUGCGAUUUACAAGGCUUCGCUGAGAGAGCGAAACAGAAGACGGUAUUAAAUUGCCGUUUGAAACGAAACGAUCUGGACUCGGAACGCUCUCUUCUUUUGUAGAGUUCUUUACCAAAUGAAAUAAAUUUCGUACUUUCCGCCGCCAACAAGAAUUGCACACACGAUCUGAUAAGUGAGACAAUUUAUUUAUAACAAUGCCAAUGGCGACAGCGAAGCACACAUAAUAUAAAUCCUAAUGUGGUCGCAGGACUUCCCUCAUGAUUUGAAGUUUGAGACUGGUUUUCUGUUGAAAUUCGUCCUAAUUUGCCUGUUCCGAUUUUAGUUGAAAAUGAGCACUUGCAAAUUUGGCUUUUUUGGAGUUAAAACGCAGCCAUUUACACAUUGUUUAUUAGUGUUCUGAAUAAGCAGAGAAAACCCCGCAAAUUUUAAUGCGAGUUUGUUAGUUAAUAUUUGGGUGCUGUCAUUGGUUCUUUUUUGACAAUUGACGCGCGAAUCAUCCUCGGUCCCAGGGCCUCACGGCUGACACUGCGUUGACACGGCUGACACUGCGUUGCGCCUCCGGCAACGCAGUGUCAGCCGUGAGGCCCUGGGACCGAGGAUGCGCGCGAAUGGGGCGUGUUAUGAAAAGGGGCGUUUUACAAAAUACCGGGUAUAUAUGGUUGCAGGCCCACUAUCAGUUCCCUUGGGCCUGCACGCAGGCUAGUUCUAUAUUGUUCUCUUGGUCAAGCACCGAUGGUAUUAAUUAAAAUGUAAUGAGUCAACCUAUCCUUCUAGUAUCUGCGAUAGAACAGCAAAGCCAGUUUAGUUAGAAUAAAAUAGUAGUAAGCCCAAAAUGUUGGAAAGAAUUUGAAGUCGCGAAUAUUAGAAUUCAAAUACUGUUCAUACUGGAAAAACAUUUGCCUCAGCUGCAUGUCAAGUGCCUGACUGACAUUUUGACAUACAAUACCAUUGAAACGGAAAUACCAAAAAUAUUUUUAUUAAUUUAAAACAGCAUAUCAUAUUUUAUUUAGUUCUGAACACCUAAACACUCUCAACAAGCUACUUGGCCACGAUUCUUUGGCAAUAUUCACAAUAUCAAAGAAGUAAAUCAGUUGGUUGAAAUUCUACUUUAGCCCGUGAACUUGUUGGUAAGUGUUGUUUAUAUUUUAACCCAGUCUACGUAUGUUAACAUAGGAUAUAUGAAAUUAUAUAAAGAAAUAUUUCGUUAAAAAUUUGCUAACAUGCAUUGACAACAUUUCCAUGCCCGAAUACCUGCACAGCAUGCAGAAUAUGUUAACCUAUGGCUAUAUGGGCAAUAUAUCCCUGUUCCUUUUAGUCCGCGUGUCGUUCUAUUUCCUCCGCAUAAAUGAGUUAGUUUCACAGUUUGAUAUUUAAGUUACCCGUAAUAACCAAAAGCGUCAGCUACCAGAAUUAGGCCAAUGAAAAUUGAAAUCAUGUUUCUCGUCCACAAUUUUCAAAAAUUUGGAGCGGGAUAUUUUCAUUAUUCAUUUUUCAUUAUUUUUUUGUGUUUGAAUUCUGCUUGUCAAUAAUUUCCUUGACCCAUAAAAAUCUGAAGUAAAUCGGUGUAUAAUUCAUUUUAAUUUAAUACGUCCUACUCUACAGUAUAUUUCUACGCAUACCAGGGCUGACAUGAAAAAUAGAGGCAUUCUGGCGAGUAAUGUCUUUAGAAAGAUACAAUUUGAGUUGCGCUUGCGGAAUGCAGCAAUAAGACUUUGAUCUGGAGAUCAAUUUGGUGUUUUGUUAAGCCUAUUUUUCAAAAAUAAUGAAUAAUGGAAAAUUUUCGUGCGGCAGAUAAAACCCAUGCGGGCGGGGACGAGAAACAUGAUAUCAAUUUUCAUUGGCCUUAUAGAGACUUGGAUGUAUAAACUAUAUCCAUAGUUAAACUAUAUCCUACUUUUUAAAUAUUUAUCUAUGUUUGUUAUUUUAAUACCAAGUAUAAUCCAUUUAGGUACAUUUAAAUAUUGCGAAAUAUUGCAAUGACAAACAUUUGAGAUUAUACACACGCUAAUUAAUAUAUACAUGUGCAUAUUAAAUAUACACAAAAACUCUAUGGCUUAUUGGACGUCUGUAUUAAGAAAAAUCAACAGAGUUAGUUGAUUGCAUUAAAUUAGUUUCUUUCCUUUAGUGCAUACAUUAUAUGACGGCAUCAAUUUAUUAUUAACUAAUUUCACAGCUGUAAUUUCAGUUUAAGCUUCAUUAUCUAUUGUUUGAAUUGCAUUCGACGCGACCGAAAUUCGACGUAUAAAACAGGCCUAAGAUACAUAAGCUUAGACAUAUUUGGUUAAGUUUGUUUAAAUCAACAGCACUAGAACUAUCGUUUUGUUAAACCCUUCAUAUACCAUCUUCUUUUGUUUUCCUUCGCUUUUCAAUUUCAGCAUUAAUUGACCUCAAUAAUUGACCUCAUAUGAUUCGCAAAGUGAAAACUCUGUACCGACUAUUAGUAUUAUUCGCAAGUAAUUGUUGGGUAAGAUGCCUUUGAAUGAAACUCCCAUGCACAGCCUUUAACCAAUAUAAAUUGUAGAUAAUUUUACGUUGCAUUGCAAUUUUGUAUGUACAAUGUUCUGGUAUGAUGAGUAUUCUUAAAAUCGCUUUGAGACACUGUAUUAAAUUUCUGUAAUGAGAACCUUGUCAUACAAUUGCUUUUGCAAGUAUAUGUAUAUGUAGAACAUAAUUAUGUUGCCUUGUGCCUGGUCAACGGUGUGAAUCCAAAUGAUGCCACAAUUUAAGGAAGUAAAAAAAAACUUACUAGAUAUUUUCAUUUUACAAUGCCAAUGGCGUAUGUUUAAAUAUUUCAGAGUACAAAAUAGCUGGUCAUUGAAAUUUAUAUUUGCAUGUGAGCUUGCGUAAAAUUAAAUCAUUAGAUUUUAUUAAAACUACUUGUACAUGUGCAUUUUAAAAAGCUGACUUCACAGCAGUACUUUUCAUUGUAUGAAGAAUUAGGUUCACAUACCUUACUUGUAUUAAAAUUCGCGUCGUACUCAUUUUCGUUCAGCUUUAGGCCUAAAUUCGCGCGAUUUAAUUUCGCGCACCUUGUUUUGAUUUAUUCGCGCAGCUUUAAAUUCGCGCAAGUAAUUUUCCGUGUUCGUUCUUUUUGGUUUGUUUAAUAGAACUAUCAACAAUUAAUUAAUUAACGCAUUUAUAAUGAGUAUUUUUUAUCAACAAGUACUUAAAGGUAUUUGUUAAAAAGUAAUCAAAAAGCGAUUAGGUGACCUAAAAAAUGGCUUCAAAAUUAUGUAAUGUAAGCAAAAUUCAUGAUAACAAUUAAUAAAGCGUGAGUUAAAAAUACCAACAAGAACUGAAAAAUUUAUUGUAUGGUUCUCAUUUGCCCAAUACAGUAACAUAAUGCAAAUCAGUUAAUAACUCAACUGAUUUGCUUUACUAACAAUGAGUGUCUCAUAUUACACCACAAAGCUUUUCGCGCGGAUUAUAUUUCGCGCAGUACUAAAAUUCGCGCACCCAGCGCUGCGCGAAUUCUAGUACUGCGCGAAUUUUAAUACAAGUAAGGUAUUGGGAAGGAUCAUAUAUAUACUAUGAUCAUAUGAAUUUACAGAAAUAUAAUUUGCGCAUAACCCCAUGGGGAUGAGCGCAAUGUGAACGUGCUUGUCAACUAAACACUUCCGGCAUCUUAGCCAAUCAGAAGUUGCUCAGAUGAUGUGACAAGGCGGGAGUAAAUGUGGAAUUUAAUACGCGAUGCACCUCGAUCAACGAAUUAAGGAUUGUUUCAGACUGUAUUCAAGUUGAAGUUUAUAUAUUUUCCUAAACAAGAAAGGUAGGAAUAUUGCCUAUUCGACUAUUAUAAAUGUUGUAUGCUUGUGAUGUUACUCUGAGUGUAUAUCCACACCGGGCAGGCCUGAAAAUAUGCCUGGCCACGGUGGGAAUCGAACCUAUGUACUUUGGAUACUAGCGUAACAUCACAAAUAUUUGGAAUAAUAGAGUAACAUCACAGGCAUCUUAUUCACCUGAGUACACUACACCAACACAGCAAAUAUUAUUAUAAAUGUGUCAUGCAACUUAUAGUCACAUAUAAACAGUGGCGUAGCCAAGGGGGGGGGGGCGACCGCACCCCCCCAAUCGAAAAAAAAACAUUCUCUGAAAAAGGCUAAAUCCGUAGAGAAAUUGGGGGGGGGGGGGUACACGUUACAUCCUCGAAGCUGAAACUGAUUAAGUACAUCUCGACUGAGGAAAACGACGAUAUACUGGAGGAACUUGAUUUGUAAAAUCUCGUCAAAGCAGUUGUAGAUAUGGUUCCAAGAAGAAUAGAUUUAGUUUAGAUUUACAUGUAUGCAUUAUCAUAGCAUGAAUAUUCUUCUCAGACUUAUUCUGUAUCGUAUAAAAAAGCAACGCAAUUUUGAGAAUGCGGAAAUGCUGCUGAUAGAACCUACAAUGAUUUAAAUGCAACAUCAAAAUCACAUUGGGAAUUCAUUUCAUCAAAAUCACAUUGGGAUUUUCUUCCCCCAGCAUAACAGAGGGGAAAUAAGGUGACGUUGACCGGCUCCUUCUGUUUUUGAUGGUGUCUUUUCCAAUUUAUUUAAUUCCGAGUAGAUAAUUAGAAAUGUCUGGGAAAAUUUAUGUUUUCGAUCUACUUUAUAAUCUUCGGAAUUCUGCAAGAUUUCACCCCCAAAAUGCUUGAAAUCGCAUUUCAGGGACUCUAGAUUUCAAAAUUGUCCAGGGGGUGCAUGCCCCCGGAGCCCCCUAGAUGGUCUCGCGCCUUCGGCGUUCGCUUCGCACCCCCAAAGAUGAAGGUCUGGCUACGCCACUGCAUAUAAAGGAUCACAAGGAACCUACCAAGAGCAUCAGCUAUCAGAAUAGUCCUAAUUAUUAAUAGUCUUAGGGACUGUGUUCAUAGGAACUAGGGUGUAAACUACUACUAUUUAACUGUAUUUGUUACAUGUAAAAUAUUGCAACAAUUGAGAUUAUAGCUACACACUGCUUAUAUAGCUGCAUGUGCAUAUCAAACAUACACAAAAACUAUACUGCAAACUCAAAACAUUUGCCAGAGCAAUAUCCGCUUUUUGCUCAAAAAACUUUAAAUUCUGCACAAUAUAUAAUUAGUCACCAAUCUUUUACGUAGGCGGAACUAUCAGUAAUUGUCUUUUGUGUCAGUAAAUGUAAUUGUAAACCGCUAUUGUAUAGCACUAUUCACUUUGUAUCGUAUCAUAUAUCACUAGCACAUUAUUAAUCUACCCGUCGAAGACUGCAGAACUGGCAGUCGAAAGCUUGUAAUAAAUAAAUCUUUUUAACCAGAGAACGUUUACACAAUUAAUUAUGAAUCUUGGUUUCGCUUCCAACAUUUUUAAAAAACUAUAUGGUUUAUUGGACGUCUGUAUUAAGAAAAAUCAACCGAGUUAUUUGAUUGCAUCAAAUUAGUUUCUUUCUUUAGUGCACGCAUUAUGACGGCAUAACUUAGAACUAAUUUCACAAGCUGUGAUUUCAGUUUAAGAUACAUAAGUUUAGGCAUGCUGGGCUAAGUUUGAUUUUGAUUUUGAAGGCGGAAAGUUUUUACACUGUUUAGUGCGGGAGGAGGCGCUCGUUAGAGGUCUUUGAUAAACUCACUCGUGCAUGUUAUAUCCAAAUUGCACUCGGAACAAUGCUAUUACCUAUACUAAUAAAGGAUUGAACAGCACUGUAUAGUUUUCAUUAGUUGCGAUUUCUAUUCGACGAAAUCAAAAAUUUGUGUACGGAUUCUAUCACAUGCCAAAAAUAAUCUGUUACUUAAUGAAACUUGACUGUUUAUACGAGUUGUUCCGUGACUCAUUUAGGCCGCAGCUUGUUUGAGCUAGAUAGAAGAUUAGAAGUAUUUCAGAUCUACAACUAAACGUUAAAAUUGAAAACGAAUCAGUUAAGCAAGUUCAUGAAUCCAUAACCCUUGGGGUGACAAUUGACCAGCAUUUAUCUUGGAAAAGUAACACUGAGAAUAUUUGCAAGAAAAUAACAUCCGGUAUAUCUGCUCUUAGACGACUGAAAGAAUUUGCUGAUAAGCAAGCCCUUCUUUCUGUGUAUAAUGCUAUUGUACGCCCAUACUUCGAUUACUGCUGUGAAGUAUGGGAUGUGUUUGGUGAGACACAAUCAAAAAGACUCCAAAAACUCCAAAAUAGAGCUGCUCGAAUCAUGAAUAUGAGCAAUGACACAGAUCAUUCUGUUGCUCUGCAUGCAUUGGGUUGGAAGACACUUAAAACAGAAAGAAAGAAAGGGAAAGCAAAAAUAAUGUACAAAUUAUUAAAUAAAAUGGGUCCCAAGUCACUCUCUAAUCUUUUCACAUAUAAAGGUGAGAAAACAAAGUAUCACCUCCGAGAUAUUUCAAGUGGUCUUUGUCUACCACAACCGCGUACUAAUAAUAUGAAAAAAAGUUUCAUGUAUGACGGAGCACACCUAUGGAAUUCAAUUCCAAAAGGAAUUAGAGAGAGCAAAUCCCUUUCUGCCUUUCGGAAAAAAAUCGUUACUCACAUUGACUGAUUGAUUAAUGGUUUGUAAAUAUAUCUAAAUUACUUUAACUUAUUUAAUACUAUAUAUCUUAUAUAAUUUUGUAAAUAGCUUUUUAGUGUAUCUGUAUAGUUUGCACACGCCCCCCGUGGAAAUCAGCUUCGGUUGACGGGGUCAGCGUGUUUAAAUAAAGUUUUUCUAUCUUCUAUCUAUCUAUAGCCUAGAUUGUGGACGACUCAAAUCAUUGCUCUUUUACAUGCCUGAAAUGUCGGGGCUUGACUCGAGCGUCGAAUAUUUUCAAUGACUUCGAGUUAAGCCUCUCUUUUUUCACGGGGCUUAACUUGAACUUUCCAAGUUGUGUUUCUUUCUUCGAGUUAAGGCCUUGACGAAAAUGGGUGUGGCUUGGGCGUGGUCGGGGCAAAUGUUGGGACUUAACUUAUGCUUAAGCCCCGGGGCUUAACUUGAAGUACUAAAACAACCUAUGUUCAUUGAGAAAAAGCCCUGGGGAUUGAUUAUACCAAUAAACUUCAUUUAUUUAAAUUGCCUUAUACACACUGUAUGAACGAAUUUAUUUUGUUCAAAAAGUGUACUUCGGAAUUUUAUAUUUAUACAAUGUCAUGUUAUUUUUGGUACCAAUAUUUUGAACUGACAUUAAAUCAAAUAUCAAUAAAAAUCAUUACUUAUAGUCUUCACUUGUGAAAAUGUAUUUUAACGUGGUACUAUUAAGUUUGUUGCAAGUAAUGAUGGUUUUUUGUUCGUUUUCAUUUGUUUAUUUGGUUAUAAGUCUUACCAUUGUUUUUUGUCCAAUGGAUUAUCGUAUUCAUUUAGCAUAUAGUGUCUAUUGUUAGCCAUCAUUGUCCAAUAACUUGUUAGGUUGCUGUACAUAUACAGGUUUGCAAUAUCAUGACAUACAAUGUUCCUCACAUCCAUAUGGUAGAUUGGAAACCAGGCGUUUGAUCCCCCAUUGAAAAGGUUAUUUUGUGAGGAUUUCAAUGGUGUUUUUCUUUCCGGUGGUGGGGGUAAUUACUCACUGAGAUAUUUUUUAUAUCCGGAAUCAAGUUGUACACCUCUCUACUUAAAGGCAAUAUAUUUUUUUAUUAUUUAAUUUUAAAGAACUUUUAAAAUUAUAUGUUAAUCUCCUUUACCGAUUUUGUGUAACAUUAUUUCUUGAAAUAUUUUGACUUAAAAUAAUUUGCUGUCCGCCAUCUUGGAUUAAUUUUUAUCUCAUCGUGAUUUUAGUGACGUCAAAAGCAGGGUUAGCCAUAUAAAACUACAUCUAAAUGACCAAAUAACAUUAAGUCUUGUUUGAAAAGUCGUCAGACAGUUUUUUAUUUCAAAUAGUUACUGAAGUAUAUGAUUUUGGGCUCAUAAUAACCAAUUGCUCUAUGGAUAAAAUUCUUGCGUGACCCUGCUUAUGAUGUCACAUGCAUAUCCGCCAAAAUCCAAGAUGGCGGAGAGCUCGCUGAUUUGUGAUUUUUUCUGUUCAAAUAUCUCAAGAAAUAAUAAAGUUGCGCAAAAUCGGUAAAAGAGAUUAACAUAUAAUUUUAAAAGUUCUUCCAAAUGAAAUAAUAAGAAAAUAUAUUGCCGUAUCCCUUUAAACAGCUGUUUUCUUGUUUUCUUCUUAGGUAUCGAGUUAAGCAGUCAUGGCGAUGGAUCAUUGUGAAAUAUAUGAUUUUCAUGAAAUAAUUGAUCAUCUGUCAGUCAAAGUGAGAGUGAUAUUAAUAUUAAUCAUUAUCUUUGCAAUUCUGGGCAAUACUUUGGUUUUGAUUGCGACCUGGAAGGAAAAAAAUCUUCAUGAACCAAAUAAAUAUUUUGUUGCUUGUCUGGCUGUCGCUGAUCUUUUGGUUGGAAUGAUUUUGGUUCCGCUUCGGUUGUAUCAACUUGUGAACAAAGAAAAUGGAGGAAUUACGUCUAUUCAUCUUUGCCGUUUUUACAUUUGGUUAGACGUAUUUUUAGGAACAUCAUCUAUUUAUGCACUGACGUUCGUCAGUUUUGAUCGAUACCUGAAAAUUAGCAAGCCGCUUCAGUAUAAAUCACGAAUGACAAUUUCCACAUCACUGAAAAUAGUUUUCAUCAUUUGGCUAAUCGCAGCUACCUAUGCGACUUUGGCCAUGUUUCCCUAUGCAGAUAGUCCUGGUAUCGUUAUUUCCACUGGAGGAUGCUUUAGUAUAAAUAAAAUCUUUUAUACUUUUGCCGCCGUUAGCGCGUUUUUUCUACCCACGACAAUCAUGCUGGUUAUGUACACUCUUAUUUCUCUUGUCGCUCGUAAACAACAAAAAAUACUGCGAAAUGGUGAACUGAGCCAAACUUAUGACAAACCGAAUCAGCGAAGUGCCUUGCUUCAAGAUCUAAAAGUGAUCCACAUGUUGUUCGUUGUCGUGGGAGUGUUUCUAUUUUGCUGGGUGACAAACUACUAUAAUCCAAGUUUAUUGUUUUUUACUUCAUGGACUUUAAGUGAUCUAUAUUUAAUAACGAUUCUUCAUCGGCUAGUAGACACUUCCCCGUUUGCCUGUCUUCACCAAAAGUACAAGGAAGCUUUCAAACAUCUGUUUCAGCGAAUGAUGUGUCGGCCAAGCUCAAGAAGGAGAGAGCCACCACAGUAAAGUUACGAUUGCGGCACAAAUUAUAAAACCUAUGAUUGAGCAUUACUCCCAGGGACGCCGGAACUGAGGGCAAGGGGGGGGGGGGCAGCUUCCCCUCUUGCCUUUUGCUAGGGGGGGAGGGCAGAAGUGCCCUUUUAGUUGUAAAAUACUACCUGAUAAAUCACAUUUCCAGUGAUGCUUUUUCGGGCAAAAUCAUGAGAUUCAGGUAAUUUAUAGGCGCAGAGAAAGUUAAUUUACAAAAAUAAGUGUGAAUUUGGAAAAGAAUGAGGUUAAUUUACAACAAUUUUAGAAAAUUUUUGGAUUUUGGAAAAAAAUUUUGGAUAAAUGGAGAAAAUUGCUGAUGUCCGGAAAAAUUUUUUUACGUCGCGGAAAAUUUUUGUAUGUCCGGAAAAUUUUUUUGACCCCUAAAAUGGUACACUGACCGAAAUUUUUUUGGCGAUGGGGGUGGGGGACGUCGCCAAAAAAAAUUAAAUGUAAAAAAAAAUUCAGGUAAAUUUCGAACUUUUGAUCUAUAGAGGUGCCCUUUGGUGUGCGUCUGCCCCCGUUUGCCCUUUUAUCGUUCCGGCGUCCCUGGUUACUCCGCUUUGAAAAUCACGUAGGCACGCUUAAAACUGCGACACUGUGGAAGUCUAAAACACUUUUAAAACUACUAUGGCUCACCUUUCGAAACUGAUAAUUUUAGUUAAGCCAAUGGUAGUGCCAUGCACGUAUUUUAGGUUGACUCGCCCUUAAUACUCUUAAAAACAACGAAUUAUUUGGCAUAUAAUUGUAGUGCAUACAAGUCGUAAUAGCGCUAGUAUAGGGAAUCUGAGAAUGCAACAUGAGCUCCACCUUUGAAUUUACUAUAUGAGUAAAUUCUUAAACACGUCCGAAUUUAUCAUUAUGAUAAAUUCGCGGCACAUUUUGAAUUUAUCAAUAGAGUUAAUCAUAAAACCACAAGCAUUAGACAAGACUUCUUGUUAUAAAUGUGAUGGCACUAAAAGGGAGGCUGGUCGCGCGGGGUAGGGUAGAUUUUCGAGAUUUUCAAAAAGUUUUAAAAAAGUUUUUUAAAAAAAAUUUAAAAGAGUUUUAAAAAGCAAAAAAAAGUUUAACAAGUUAGAUUUUUAAAAAAUUUAAAAAAAUUAAAGAGUUUAAAUAGUUAGGGGUUGGGGUUAGUGUUAGUGUUAGGUGCCACGAAUUUAUUAUUAUGAUAAAUUCAAAAUGUGCCGCGAAUUUAUCAUAAUGAUAAAUUCGGACGUGUUUAAGAAUUUACUCGUAUAGUAAAUUCAAAGGUGGAGCUCAUGCUGGACAAUGAGGCAAUUCAUUGACCUCCUAGUUUAGUGUGUUCAGAAUUUUUGGUUAUCGUUCCAUGUUUCGCGCACCAGUAUAGGUUAGAGUUAGGGGUUAGGGUGUGUAUAUGGAGUUAUCCAGGGGUUAUAAUAUAAGUUAGAUUAUGGGGUUAGGGUGUGUAUAUGUAGGUUUAAGGUUAGGGUUAGGGUGUGUAUAUGGAGGUAUCCAGGGGUUAUAAUAUAGGUUAGAUUAUGGGGUUAGGAUGUGUAUAUGUAGGUUAAGGUUAGGGUUAGGGUGUGUAUAUGGAGUUAUCCAGGGGUAAUAAUAUAGGUUAGAUUAUGGGGUUAGGGUGUGUAUAUGUAGGUUUAAGGUUGGGAUUAGGGUGUGUAUAUGGAGGUAUCCAGUUGACUUUGCUGUACAUUAUAAUAUCCAUUACAUAACGUUUACUAUAUUGGUGCGCGAAACAUGGAACGAUUUCCGAAUUUCUUUGCUCAGUUAUUUCAUGAGUGUUACUACUUCUUUGGUACGUCAUGUUAUACGCACUAAAGUCGACCAGUGAACGAGAUAUAUUUAAUUGGGGCAAAGAAAAACAAGUGUACAGCUAUUUCAAUUAAGGUUGUCCCCGAGCAAAGCGGAAAAGUCGAAUGCGAGCGCGAAAGGCUUGCUGGGAAACGCUAAAAAUUAAUGAAUUUCUUAGCGAUUCCCAGCAAGCCUUUCGCGCUCGUAUUCGACUUUUCCGCUUUGCUCGGGGACAACCUCUAUAUACUUGUAAUCGCUUGUGGGAAAGCGUUUGACAUCUAUAGUCCCUUAUAUAUCGUAAACCAUUAUAAUUAAAUGUCAGCCAAAAACCUCUGCGGAGGAAAGAGGACUUUUUAAAACUAAAAGGCGAUUUUCAAUGUCAUGUAUUGGCGAUGAAAAGUGUUCAAAACCUAAGAUCUUUUUGGCGUUCCCAGUCUCAUAAUUACUUUGUUUUAGCUUUAUUUUGUAGUUUACACAGUUAGCAACCUUUUUAAAUGUAUCUGGCGGUUGAGAAACACAAAAUAAUAGUUAAAAACUUAGAUAAGAUUUACUUGAGCGAGUGUUUUUGUUGGAACUUUUAGAAGUAGCAGAGACUGGUUUGCAUUUGUAAAAUAUGGUAUUCAGCGUAUUCACAUUACUCGUUAAUUUAAAGUGCAUUAUUUACGAGUUAAUUCAGCGAGCCCGAAGCGUGGUUCUCUAGUUCGAAUCCCGUACGAUACUGUUUUAUUUUCAAAUUUAAAAAAAAUGUCAACUUCUUUUGAGUCUGACUUUAAAGAUGAUGUCCACUCCGUUCUGUGCAUUAGUUCUGCUCAUAACAAAGGGGGACCCCCAGAUAUAAACAUUGCCCAAAUUUUGCAUCUUUCGAACUUUUUUGAAUUGAAACGUACAAUUUAUAUUCAUUUACAAGCAUAGCGAACCAGAAAAGUGUUAGAUAUUCAGUUAGUAUAUCAUAUUUUACAAAUAUAGCAGUUCAAAACGUAAACAAAGUUCGCGCAUGUGCACAGGAGUGGACAUCAUCUUUAAGGUUAGGUCUUAGGAUAAGGAGUUAGGGUUGUGUGUGGGGUGGGUUUAAUUAUAUUUUUAACACCGUUAGGAUUAAAUUUCAAAAUUUUUAGCCAUCAGCGUUAAUUUCACAGAUGCCUCCAUAUCUUAUAUUCAUACUUGUGUCAAAGUCUACACAUAACAUACUGUCAAUACGGUGCUUUCUUCACUAACUGCACAAUUAUUUCAAAAUUGUGCGCUUAAUUAUCCGUCCUACUAUAAUAAAUAAUAAAUGAACAAACGGCGCCCCAUAGUCGCUCGCGUGAUUAUUCAUCAUUUGGCGAUAGGUCAUAAUUGCUUUCAAAAAUGCUUUCAACACAUUUUCUACAAUUAUAUAAAUUGCUUUCAAUAAAAUGCUCUUGCUUGUUUAAUCGAUAAAUUUCGAUCCAAAAAGCCGCAAUAAAAUACAAAAGUUCGUGUUUUCCAGGACGCCAUUUUGGAGGGUAUAUAGUCAUCGGGAGAAGAGAAGAUUCACAACAUAUACUGAAAGACAUUAGGAAGGAUUCAGAAAAGGUAUUAAGGCAUAUAUAACAAGUGUUUUUGCUGGAGCUUUUAGAAGCGGAGAGUUUGUAUUUGUAAAUUGUCGUGUUCAGCGUAUAUUCACAUCAAGAUUUAUACUUAGGGACAGACCAUUAGAAAAGUGAUGGGGGGGGGGGGUAAAUUUUUUUUGUUUGCAUUUUUUUCCAGGUUGUCAGCUGUGUAUGCAUGUUUUUUUUAAAUAUGUCUUCUCGCAUGCAAUUUUUUUCCAAUACAACUAUACAAAUGUUAACGAAACUGUUCUCUUGACAAAAAAUAUCCCUUUAAUACACACUGCAAAAUUAUAUCUUUAAGCACCAUAUAUGGACAAGUUUUCUAGGGGUCCAGAGCAUGCUCACCCGGAAAAUUUUUGAAUCUAAAUUCUCUGAAAUACCAUUUCCCGGACUUUGGGGAGAGAUUUUACAGAAUUCUGAUGGUCAGAAAACGCCAUUGUAACAUAUCAGAGGCCCUUGGCCAAUGUUUUUGCUCUAUAGCCUGGGGCCCCCCAUUUGCGGGCCCAUUGGGGUUGGUGGCACCUGGAUUCUCCCAGUCCGAACCCAUAGUAGUUACGCCACUGAGGACAGUGGCAGUGUGAAUGAGAAUUAAUUAUUAAAUACAAUAGAAAAUAUUUUGAU